CGUUUAGAUUUGUUAUUAGCCCAAAUUCGUCAAGUAACCUGGUGAGCCGGUUUCCCGGCAACAAAUUAUCCUAUAUCUACUUUCUUUCCUCCCACUUUUAUUAUUAGCCCAAAUUCGUCACCUUGCAUCUCUUCCUCUCUCGCUAUCUCGCUUUUUAAAUAUCCGUACAAGUUCCACAUCCACACCCACACCCACUCAACUCUGAGAGAGAGACUAGGAAUUUUCAGUAAAGCUAAGCUCAGCUCUCCCAAACCCAAUUUCUAACUUUUCCUUCUUUAAAAUUUGAAAAACACAGACAGCAGAAGCCUGACGAAUCAAAGCGCGUUACAACCGUCAUCCUCAUUAUGAUCCUCUUUGUUCUUUCUCCAACUACACCUCUCUCACACUCCCCAGAUUUACAGCUAUGAAUGACGUCUUCCUUCUUUAAUUUUCUUCACUGUUUCUUCCUCUCUCAAGUCUCAGCCCUUUUAGUUUCCGUGUUGGGAUCGUCGCAAAAUCUCUUUGCGCCCAGUCGAUCUAGCAAUUUUGAGCAGAAGCUUUUGUGUAGAAGAGGAUAACCUUCGUCACUGUAAGUUUGCACCACCACCCAAAUCUCUCUGUGCUACUCUUGGGUAGCUCCAUUAUUUGGUUUGUGAGAAAGCUGAGAACAACCCGCUAAAGAGAUAGCAAAACUUUCAAUACUUCAGACUACUCGGUUUUUCCCUUCUUUGAUUUACUACUUCCUCAGCAACCAAACGCGAAAGCUACUGCAAUUUCUGAAGUUCUGUUGAAGUUCUCUCACAGAUUUGAAGCCUUUUCAAAGCAUGUUCAGAGAGAGAAAAAUGGGGAAAUCAGCAGGUGCGGCUCCAGGCAGCAGAGACUGGACCCAGAUCUACGCCAUCUAUGGCCUGGACCAGUGGCAGACCAUUCUCUUCCUUCUCUUCCACGCUGUGCUAUUUACCAUUUUGUCCCUCCUCUACCUCACUUACUUCGACCUCAUCACUCUCUUCUUCCACCGACUCCUCCCAAUCGGCUCGGCCCGGUUUGCCGCCGGCUUCACCGGCUCCGUCACGGCCCUCUCCGCCCUCUGCCUCUUCUUCGCCUCCGCUCACUUCCUCCACUCCUCCCUCCCCCUCCACUACGACGUCGUCCAGCGCAUGGUCAACUCGGUCAACGACUGGUCAACGGUCAAGCACGCCCUCGACCUCGGCUGCGGCCGCGGCAUACUGUUAAACGCGGUGGCGACCCAGAUGAAAAAAGAAGGUAGUUCGGGUCGGGUCGUGGGCCUGGACCGGUCCAAGAUGACGAGUCUUUCGUCGACCUUACGGACGGCCAAGAUCGAAGGGGUCGGAGAGUACGUGACUUGCCGUGAGGGCGACCCCAGGAGAUUGCCGUUCGGGGACGGGUACUUCGACGUGGUGGUAUCGGCUGUGUUCGUGCACACCGUUGGGAAGGAGUACGGCCAUCGGACGGUGGAGGCGUCGGCAGAGCGGAUGAGGGUGGUCGGUGAGAUGGUGAGGGUUUUGAAGCCCGGUGGGGUCGGGGUGGUGUGGGACCUACUGCACGUGCCAGAGUACGUGAGGAGGCUCCAGGAGCUGAAGAUGGAGGACAUUCGCGUCUCGGAGCGGGUCACGGCGUUUAUGGUGAGUAGCCACAUCGUGUCGUUUCGUAAGCCCAGUCAGCACGUAGUCGGACCGGGCGAGGUCCGGCUUGACUGGAGAUGCUGAUGUGGAGGCCGGACCCGGUCCAUAUACACAGAAAAAAUAGUCAGUCCAAUAGCAUGAUAUGAAUACAUAACAACUUUUAAGACUUAUGAGUAAUUAUAUUAAUUAAACCAAAAAAAAAUAAAAAUUAAUGGGUUCUAUUUCUAAGUAGUUUUUUUUGUGUUUGAAGUAAUCUAUAGAUGUAUAAAAUAUAUGUAUCUGGAGAGGCAAAGCCGACCCAGAUGGAGAGAUGGUUUGGUGGAAGUUUCAAAUAUAAAUGUAAUAAUCUAGUUUUAUAUCAUGAUAUUCUGUUGAUCUAUAUAUGCUCUAUGGGUGACUGACUCAAUGGGUUUUUAAGUUUUUUUUUUGAAUUAGAUUGUA